GGUGCUGCACACAGAGACAUCCACACACACUCUCACACAUGGUUCGAUUCAUAUAUAAUGCGGGCACUCCACCAGGCAACCUAUCACUCACUCUCUCGUUGUUAUCAAGUUGCACUUCAUUGGUGUUUAGUUUAGUGUGUCUGAGGACUUCGGAAAAUCUACAUUCUCCAACAACAACACAGCAGCAUGGCUUCGCUCAGGGUAUCGAUUGUCCUAUGCAUCGUCUUGGGAUCAAUCCUAGUCUCAGCCAUUCCAGUGCCUGAACCUCAGCCAGGUGGUUUCGGACACAAACAUGAACACUACAUAAUUCACGUGCCAUACCACGUGCAUACCGUCCACCACCACCACAAGAGCUACGUUCCAGUCUACAAGCACAUCUACCACCACGACUACCAUCACGAUUACCACCACAACGACUGGUCCUGGUGAACUCAGCUCACCACACUCAAAUUCAGGGUCCAUGACAGGUCAUGGAAUGAAUUAUAAUCCAAAGCAUGCAAAGCACCAUACAGGAGAAGAAAUAGUCCUUGACAAUGAUCGUGUUCACCAAUCAGAAGAAUAAUGAUUUUCUGAUUGGAAAUACUACUUACAGACUGUGCCAAUAUCUUGUUGAUAAAGGCUGACAUUGAGCUCUAGUUCAAGAUAGUGUAAGGAUAUUCUACAAUUGUUACCAUACAAGACUCUUGUUACCUACAUUUAUUGUUAUGUGAAUCAAAAUGUAAAUAAAGCAAAAUAUUUUAAAUACAUA